UCCAAGAAGAUCCACAUCAGCCUUGCAGUCGCACUGAUCCUUCUCAAUAUACACUUCCUCCCCAGCCAGGCAGUGGCAGCCAUGUCCUCUGAGCUUUGUCUUUAUGUAGCUCUUCUUCUUCACUACUCCCUGUUGGCCUCUUUUACCUGGAUGGCCUUGGAGGGCUUCCAUCUCUAUCUUCUACUUGUCAAAGUCUUUAACAUCUAUGUGAGGAGAUACCUGCUCAAACUCAGUGUGGUGGGAUGGGGUCUUCCAGCGGUCAUUGUGACAGUGGUGGUGAUCAUUGACAAAGGAUUCUAUGGUCGUACCCCACUGGACUCAUCUAAUGUGACUAAAGUAUGCUAUAUAACCAAUGACAAAGUGAAGAUGGUGACCACAGUGGGACUGUUCAGCUUGGUGUUCCUCUUUAAUCUAAUCAUGUUUGGAGUGAUAAUUAAAUGGUUCAUGGGGACCUUCUAUGGCAAAGAGCAUAGACAGAGUGAGCGUAACGCAGCCAAGAAGAAUAUCUUCAUCCUGCUGUUGCUCAUGGUUCUGCUUGGCCUCACCUGGGGCCUGAUCUUCUUCUCACUGGGCCACCUGAACACUCCUGUCCUCUACAUCUUCUGCAUUGUGAACUCUCUGCAAGGUUUUUUUAUCUUCGUUUAUUUUGCGUUGACUCUGAAAAAGACCAAAGGCUCAGCUACCACGCAAGGCACUGACUCACAAAGUCACACCUCUGAAAACUGAACUCCUCAAUGCUUCUUUGUGACUUCUUCUAAUCGAUAUU